AUGCGAAUCCUCGCGCUGGCAAGCAUACCGCCCCGCGCUGAGAACAUAAAGAGCAGUGAACGACAGCCACUGACCGACAAGAACAAAACCGACCCGGGAAACUUGGGCAAAAGCCUCGAUCCUGACCUUAUGCUUCCUACGUCGACUGUGGCCGCAGCCCCUGGUCCUUUUGGUGCGCCUACGUUUACUCUCAGCACAUUUAAUCCAUCCAAUUCGGUAGCAACAAUUUCCACACCACCGGUUGCAAUGAAUUUGGUUCCUGCGGUCUCCUACGCUUCCGUACCCAUAACAGGCAGUUCUAUGCCAAACACGAUUUUCACUCCAGCAAUGUUGCCUACUCAGCAACAGCAACAACAGCCUGUUAUUUUUUCUGGGGCUCAUGGGAACUUUUUCUUGGCACAACCUGCUGCGAUGGGUGGUACUCCAGUGAUGCUAGCUUCUGGUCAACCGAACACCCCUGGUACGUUUGUUUUGGCACAGCCUCUGCCGGGACCAAACAACCCUGGGGUACCUAUGCCUGCCCAACCACCGGCCAACUGCAUCAUCCGACUUCCUGAUGGUCGAUUUGUUGUUCCGGCACAGGCUGCACAAAUGGGUAUUACUUCAACCGGAAUGUCUCGUCUACCUGGAGCUCAAGCGACCUAUUUUCCCGUAUCUGUACCUCCGGGCUCUGGAUCAACUUCGAACACGCCUCCUCUGCAUCAACAGCAGUCCACAGGCAUAGUCACACCUCCUCCUGGACAGGCCUUCUAUAUCCAGGUUCCUUCUGCAGCUAGCAACUUGGGUGGGUCGGUGUAUGCUACUAGUUGUACAACACCUGGGACCCCUUUGCAGCCGCAGUCCAACACACUCCUGAAACCUGCACCACAGAUGCCUUGCAUGGGUUCAGCUGUCGCGGGUCGACAUCCAGUCCUUAUAUCCUCUCCUAUGCCGUUACCCACUGUCUCCGGAGUUUUCCCUUCGGGUGCUACUGCGUCAAACGCACCGUCUGUGGCUAGUACGAUGAGCCUGGCAAAACCGUGCACACUUGGCGGAAACAUGGCACCUGUCAGUUGUAUGCAACCCAUCAGCACAGCCUUUCCUGGUGGAAUGACCGUGACUCGUUUGCCUAAUGGAACUUACACAACCGUGCCCUGCACUAGGCCACAAUCCCCCAUGGUAUCCACCAACUGCACCACGAUUCCUGGAAACGGAGGACAAUCCGUCACGCCAGCUACGCCUACUAGCACCCGCCGGCCGACCGCCGGAGGUCGGACUAAUAGACCCGGCGGCUCGGCGUCUGCUACUACUGUACUGCAGCAGCUGGAUGAGCAGAUCACAGCAAUACAAAAGCUACAAAACCCAUCCGAAGCACAGACGACGCGCCUUCAGCAGCUGAUCGAAGUCCGCAACCAGUUGUCUAGGACGACCAAGACUUCGGUUGGUUCAUCGUCUGAAGCCAGUCAACCAGCAUUAGAUAUUGCACCCAAUUGUCGUCCUCUACAACCUGCAGAAGCUACAAUCAGUCCCACACUGCGCCGCGAAAUUCUGGAUACACUCGCGCGAAACUCCUUGCUGCCAAAGGUCAAUGCCCCUAUGACGGACACGUUCGUCGUAGAGUUUCGACUGAAUCAGCAACGGUAUCAGCUCCGCCUUUCACGGGCACAAAAAGUCGAUAUGGAGCGCUUGCUAUUCAGCGUCACGUCCCAACGUCAGGCCGAGAUAUUAACGGUUCUGCAACAAGAACAGGCACGUGUUAUUAGUAUUCGCGGCCGCAUGACACCUGUGACAAUGUCCUCCUCAGCAACGGUCGUCUGCACAACCACGUCACCCCAUAUUACAUCAAAUUCACUACCCCAGCAGCCGAUCCGCCUGCACUCCACUAUUCCUUCAUUUGCUCCUAUUCCCUCUAUUCCAAUGCAUCCGGCGGCUUUUGGUAAUGCAGCUGGUUUGCGGCUAGUUGCAGCGCGGCCUAUGCUACCUACUCCAGGUCUUUCUAAUCCCAUGGUUCGUGGCAGUGCGGUGACAAUGACAUCGUCGACCCCUGUCAUGGGCGUGGUUACUGCGUUAGCAGUUCCUCCUAUUGGUGCUCAGGGAUCAGCAACACCAAUUUUUGCACCGCCCUUGGGUACCAUACCAAGUGUCUCCAUGGCCCAUGGUCUUCCCACACUACCAGGUGGAAGUUCCGGUCCUGGUGGGCUCUUCAUCUCCUCCACCUCUGUCCCCCCUGGUACCCAAACUUUUGUGAUGCAACAACAACCUGUGAUGAUACCCGCCAGCUCGACGGGUUUGCCCACUACCAGCUGUAAUGUCGUAGUAUCGGCGACCCCGCAGCCAGAACUACCCCUUUCAGAAAGUGCACCCCCACUCACCCAUUCGGCGCAAGUCCAAUCCAGUUCCCCGGGGGUUGCACAAGCAAACCGACUGAACAACGCUGUGUGUUCGAAGCAGGUUCAACGCCUGAGCCGCAUGCGUGCAAAUUUGGUGAAUGAUUUGAAAUACUCCACCGCCAAGCUGUCAGAUCUCGACGCGCAAAUGGCUGGUCGAGCUCAACAAUUAACAUCGAUUCAACUCCUUGAAUUACUCGCCCACUAUCAUAUCCAUCAAGAUGCUGACAAUACGAAAGAGGCUUUGCUUAAAGUCGAUAAAAUUCUGGAGGAGUCCUCCGUCGUACUCAUGGGACGAAAACGGCAUAUGAUCGAGGCGAUUAAUUCUCAGCUGUACUUGGACAAUACGCGUCUACUCGAUGACGGUACAGAGGACCGUUUGCUGCUGGCACAAAUGGCACUCGAUUUGGAACGAGAUGUGUUUGAGGCUGAGAAAAACAUCUUUUCCAUCGCCACUAAGGAACUGAUCGACGUUAAUGGUGUUCCGUCAGAAUGCAAACACAACACCUCUGACUCUCGCGUCAGUUCGUCUUCUCCUCUACCCGAUACUGUGGAUUCUUCCGUCCCUGAGCAUCCGUUGCCUGUGCACCGUAAAAAACUUCCAGAUCCCGUGUACCUAAAACAUAGCUCUUCGGCUCUUCCACCACCCUGGUCAACACUUCUUGGCCCACUCGCCUACUUACGUCCUCUGGAGUUCAGCCCGGAUGGUUCUACGCGCUUUGCUACAAUCAACUUCCCUGAACUUCCCAAUGAAUCUUUGAAGUCUGCAUCGGGCUUCUGCUCAGGUUUGAAUCUUGAGCGUCUCAACGGCAUCUCCGACCAUCUUCCCACCAAUAACGCAACUGUGAUAUACCCCAGUGAACGAUGCCUGCCAAAUUCCUUGGGGGAUAACAUAGACAGGAAUGAAGACUCUUCUGAUGAAGCUGAAGCUGAAGCUGAUGCAUUACUUGGCUUGGACACCCGACAGUCCAGAACCAAGUCUACAGAGCAUUUGGUCACUACAAACGGACUUUUGGAUGGCAGGGUCGGGAGUUCUCUGGCGGGUCCCAGUCUGGAUCAGGACGAAUCGGUGGCUUUUGAUGAAACCUAUGACUUGUGGCAGGAACUUAUGCGAGAUGAAGGAAUGGACAUAGAAGAAAUGGAAUCGGAAACACUACAUGCUUGUCUGGAGAGCAAUUCCGACUCUUUGUUGCCCGAGGACUCGUCCAAACCGUCAAGGCGCUUGCUAGAGAAUGGUCCUAUUGAUAUUGCAUCUAAUGUUCAGCAUUCCGAAGACCCAGAUAUUGAUGCAGCAAUCCGCAGCAUUCUGUCCACCUCAAAUUGAUUUCUUAACUACUCGUCCGUCAUCAGCACCCUAUGUACCGUUCCGCCCUUGGCCCUUUUCAUUUAUCUUUGAGUCAGGGUCUUGUUCUCUCUAGCCUACAAUACACACUCCAAUCCUCCUGUUUGGCUACACAGCCACGCCCACUUUGCCAGUCGCAAUAAUGUUUACUUAUCGUCUAAGGCCGGUUCUUGGUACUUAUGCAGGACUCCCCUGUCCAGAUCGCCGUCAUUGUCCCCAGUCGUCUCACUUCUAGUCGUAUUCAACCAGCCACAGCACAUUGACGUAUGAAUACAUAUCUUCCCAAUUCCGGUAAAAUCAACGACCCAGCCAAGUGUGUACAAAAAAUCUAAUCGAGUGCCUUCACUUCACAGUCAGUUACUCCAACCAUUUCCGAAGCUGUUUUCCAUCCUUCUCAUGUUUCCGAUCCUCUCCACGGCACCUGUCAAACCUCAUCAUUCUUUUCGCACUAAUUUGUAUCGCACGUACUCACUGACCUGUGUUUUCCCCUACCAGCCUACCCCAUCAAUAUUGCUUUGA